AGGGAGGGAGCGAGUCGAGCUCAGCUCAGCUCAGCUCCACCAAGACGAGGAUAGCGCGAGUCCUUUCGCGGCGCGCGUUCGUCGCGGACUGUCUGUCUGUGUGCAAGCUAUGUCUACUGGUUCUGGUUGCAGUGGUCGCUCUCCCGUCAGCGAGCAGCGGAUCGGAUCGACCUGCAGCGGAGACGCGCGCGCUCUCUCUCCUCUUCUCUCUACUUCUCUCGAGCAGCCAGAGGCCCCAGCAGCAGCUGUAGAUCGCGAGCACACCAUGGACCCGCGGAAGCUGACGGAGCUGCUCCGGGCCACCAUAGACCCGGGUCAGCAGAAGCAGGCAGAGGAGCAGCUCAACCAGAUGUACAAAAUUAUUGGCUUUGCUCCUGGCCUGCUGCAAGUGAUCAUGUCUAACGAUGUGGAUAUGCCUGUGAGACAAGCUGGUGUCAUUUACUUGAAAAAUUUCAUCGUUACCAAUUGGGCUGACAAGGAGGCUGAGAAUGGAGUUGUGCCAUUUAGUAUUCAUGAGCAGGACAGAGCCAUGAUUCGGGAUGCCAUUGUCGAUGCCACUGUGCAUGCCCCGGAACUCAUUAGGUUACAAUUAGGUGUGUGCAUUACCAAUAUUGUUAGACAUGACUUUCCUGGAAGGUGGACACAGAUUGUUGACAAAAUUACAAUAUACCUUCAAAAUCCUGAUGCUUCCUGUUGGCCUGGUGUUCUUCUAGCUUUGUACCAGUUUGUAAAAAAUUUCGAAUAUAAAAAAGCAGAAGACAGAGGACCACUUCACGAGGCAAUGAAUCUUUUGUUACCUAUGAUUUACCAACUGAUAUUGAGACUACUACCUGAUGCAUCUGAGCAGUCUGUCCUUCUUCAAAAGCAAAUACUCAAAAUAUUCUUUGCCCUGACUCAAUACACACUUCCCCUAGAUCUUAUUUCGAAACAAGUUUUCUCUCAGUGGAUGGAUGUUAUUCGUCAAGUAGCAGAUAGACCUGUACCACCGGAAACCAACAAUCCUGAUUUAGAUGAGGAUGAGCGAGCUGAACUGCCAUGGUGGAAGUGUAAAAAAUGGGCACUUCAUAUUCUUCAGAGAAUGUUUGAGAGGUAUGGAAGUCCGGGGUCAGUCACCAAAGACUACAAAGAAUUUUCAGAAUGGUACUUGCAAACAUUUAGUGGAGGAAUACUUGAAGUGUUACUCAAAAUUUUGGAUCAGUACAGAAGAAAAAUUUAUGUCUCACCACGUGUCUUACAACAAUCUCUUAACUAUAUAGACCAAGGAGUGAGUCAUGCAUUCUCAUGGAAAUUUUUAAAGCCCCAUAUGUUUGAAAUCGUUUGCGAUGUUUUAUUCCCUAUCAUGUCGUAUACAGCAGAAGAUGAAGAAUUAUACCUCACAGAUCCUUAUGAAUACAUCAGAGUGAAAUUUGAUAUUUUUGAAGAUUUUGUAUCUCCUGUAACAGCAGCUCAAACUUUAUUGCACUCAGCGUGUAAAAAGCGAAAGGAUAUGUUGCCAAAAACCAUGCAGUUUUGUGUUGAAGUGUUGACAAGUGCGAACACUACUCCAAGACAAAAAGAUGGAGCCUUGCACAUGGUUGGAACAUUAGCGGAUAUUUUAUUAAAGAAAAAAAUUUUCAAAGAUCAAAUGGAUAAAAUGCUGAUGCAGUAUGUAUUCCCUGAAUUCAACAGUCCACAAGGAUUCAUGAGGACUAGGGCUUGUUGGGUAUUGCAUUACUUUGCUGAAAUCAAAUUCAAGCAGGAAAAUAUUUUAGUUGAAGCUGUCAGGUUAACUACUAAUGCUCUUUUGAAUGAUCAAGAUCUUCCUGUCAGAGUUGAAGCAGCUAUCGCAUUACAAAGUUUACUUCAGGCUCAAGAUAAAUCACAGAAAUACGUUGAACCUUGGAUAAAACAAAUUACGUUAGAACUUUUGAAUAUCAUUAGGUUAACAGAAAAUGACGAUUUGACGAAUGUGAUGCAGAAAAUUGUUUGCACGUAUCCUGAACAACUAAUGCCGAUUGCGGUCGAAAUGUGUGAACACUUGGCAACGACGUUCAGCCAGGUACUCGAAACUGAUGAAGGUAGCGACGAAAAAGCUAUUACAGCAAUGGGAUUAUUGAAUACUAUUGAAACUUUAUUGUCUGUAAUGGAGAACCAGCCACUCAUAAUAGCUCAAGUUCAACCAAUAGUUUUACAAGUUAUUGCUCACAUUUUCAAUCAUGGUGUUAUGGAGUUCUACGAAGAAGCUUUGUCGCUUGUAUAUGAUUUGACAGGAAAAUCAAUUUCCGAAGAUAUGUGGAAAGUGUUGGAAUUGAUGUAUGAGCUUUUCCAAAAAGAUGGUUUCGAUUACUUUACAGACAUGAUGCCUGCUCUUCAUAAUUAUAUCACUGUAGAUACCCCGGCAUUUUUAUCAAACGAAAAUCAUAUUUUGGCAAUGUUUAACAUGUGCAAGGCUGUGCUGGUCGGAGAUGCAGGGGAAGAUCCCGAAUGCCAUGCAGCAAAACUUCUUGAAGUAAUAAUUUUGCAGUGCAAGGGUCAUAUUGACAACUGUAUACCACCGCUCAUACAACUCGUGUUAGAACGAUUGACGCGAGAGGUCAAAACUUCGGAAUUGAGGACAAUGUGUCUUCAAGUUGUUAUCGCUGCAUUGUAUUACAACCCGACUUUGUGCCUCGAAACCAUGGAUAGACUGCAAGGUACUUUAGGACAGUCAGCAGAGCCGAUCGCAUCACAUUUUAUUAAACAAUGGAUUCAUGACACAGAUUGCUUCCUAGGACUUCACGACAGAAAACUUUGUGUUCUCGGAUUAUGUACGAUCAUAAGUAUGGGUCCAAACAGACCAACCGCCGUUAACGAGUGCGCGCAACAAAUCAUUCCAUCUUUGAUACUUUUGUUUGAUGGACUGAAAAGAGCAUAUGCUGCUAAAGUAGCAGAAAGCGAAGACGAAGAUAACGGCGACGACGAAAGCGAUCUUGAAGAAGUAUUAUCUUCAGAUGAAGAUGAAAUUGAUGAUGCGGGUCAAGAUUACUUAGAAGAGCUCGAAGAAAAAGUAAUGAAAAAUCAAAAUCAACACAUGUUUGGAAUUAAAAGCGCCAUAACGACCGAUCACAAAUCAAGCGACGAUGACGAUUCGGAAUUCGAUGCUAACGAAGAAACUGCUCUCGAAAGUUAUAUCACUCCACUCGACUCCGACGAUACAAAUCAAGAUGAAUAUAUCGUUUUUAAGGAAGUUAUGCAAAACAUUGAGAGGACUGAUACAACAUGGUAUACUGCAUUAACUAAUCAUCUGACACCAGGGCAAAAGACGUCAUUAACCGAAAUUAUAGUGUUGGCUGAUCAACGCAAAGCAGCUUUAGAGAGCAAACGAAUUGAGCAAAGUGGAGGUUAUGCUUUUACUUCACAGACUGUCCCCACUUCGUUUAAUUUUGGUGGCACGCCUUUAGGCCGAUAAAAAUAUAAACGUUUUUAUUCUAAUGUAAGUAAAGAAAUUGUAUGGUAAGCGAAUCGAACACUCGUAGCACGCGAAUGCAAUAUGACCACCUCCAAGACAAUUAUGUAUUUCCUACUUACUAUUUUUGUGUAAAUUAAAUGUACAUUAGUAAGGCAAUUGGAGGGACUUGUAUACAUACUAGAAAAUCGUGUCCACGUUUUAAUCUAAAUACGAGGCUCUUGCACUGUCGAUCGGUUAUGUCGACCCGUACCAAAUAAAAUUCGCUGUCGCUCAGUGAUGCUAUGUAACCGGUUACAUAAAGUAUAAUAGCAAGUAUUUGGACUUUUAAGCCAUAAUAAUAUAUCUAAAAUAGUCAAAUGCAAUGUGCGACGAUUUUUGGUCAAGCUAAAUUUCUUAUACUUAUAAAUUGCGCCCCUGCACAUGAUCAAUUGGAAUUACGAAAACAGACAACGAAGAUCAUCUUCGGUAUAUAAUCGGGGCUUUUACUAUGCGAAAGUGUUCUAGUGACGUUUCUACUGCAACUCUGAAGGAGAAAGUAUAAAACUCUUUCAAUUUUCUCUAUAUUUGUUAAAAGAGAAGAAAAUAAGGAAUAUGUUAAAUUGUUGAUGUAAAAUAUAUUCAAACGUAAUUUUUAAUAAGAAACCAAAAAUAUUUUUUUCAUAAAUACAAAGCCUGCUCCAUGAACAUGUGUGAUUUGCGUGAAAUAUUUCCCGUCUGCGAUAGUCAUAAUAAACAGUCAGAACACGUGUCCUUGAUAUAACUGCUACCUAUUUUAUGCAUCGCAGAUAAUCAAUAUAGCUUUUGCAGAGAGCCGGCAUGAUAAACUGUCCUCCUGUCAUUACCGGUCAAUUUUAUAAUUUUCAAAGGAUUGCUUUACAUUACUUAUGAAUCUUCCAAAGAGAGAAGGAGCUCAUGCCGCUAAAGUAGAUUUAUUUUUAUGAAAGCGUUUGUAUGGCAGAAUAAAUUGCGCUGCUCCUUCUCUCGGUGGUUAAAGGACAAAAUUGCAAAUGAAGAGUAGGAGAACUAAAGCGGAUGAUAAAGUAAAAAUAAUUAUGCAUGUAUCAGAGCCCGAAAUGAUAACGGCGUACAAAGCAGAGGUGUUCUGUGCUGUGAUUAACUUAAAAAUGGACAACUCUUUCGUACUACUGAAUUUCUUUAUAAAAAAUAGUAAUAAAUGUUGGAGAAUCUUAAGUAGUUAUUGAUUUAAUAUCCAGAUCGCCAUAUAAGUAUCAAACUUUUAUUUUUUUUUUAUGAAAAAUAGUAGAGAAAGCAAAAUCGAGCACUGGUAGAACUGAGCUUUAGUCGUCGAUGGAUCUUUUUACAGUGAAAAAAAUAAUAAAGACGUUAAAAAGUGCCUUGAAGUGAUGUUGAAUUUGGGACCUAAGGUGGACAGAACUGUUUAUCACAGUAGGUCGGUCUGAGGCCAGGACACUUCUCUAGUUUAUAAGUUCAAUAAAAAUAAACACAGUAUACUGUAUCGUGUCGAAAACAAAAAAAAAUCAGCGAGGAUAAAGCGAACUGUUCUUUUGCUCUUUCUACAUAAAAUAUAAGUUGGCGUAAAGGCCAGCCCUUGUUUGUAAUAAAGAGCGUCGUUUUUGUAACGAUAUUUAAAUUAUGUGAAGUCGUAUGCUUGAGUUUCUCGACGUUGUGUGAGAUGUGAGUUGGGGGUAAAGACACACGGCCAUACUGGUGCUUUAAUAUCUAGACGGAAGUUCGUGAAAAAACUUCAUGAUUAUUAUUAUUAUUAUUAUUAUUAUUAAACUGGAAAUGCAGUCUAC